GCAGCUGCGGCUCGCGGGUGUUAUGUCGUAUGUUCGACGUGCGAAGUUAUGGCGGGAUUCAGUUUUCGUGGACAUGAAAAGUUUCUUUCGAACUUUUUAACUGAAUUUCUCAAUGAAAAAGUUCUGUGUAGCUAUUAGCGCCCCCCAAAAACUGCGUAGCAUUGAAAAACUUCGCAAAUAAGUGAAAGUUCACCGGUCAAAAUGUCGGUUAAUUCAAAGUGGCGGUUACCUGACGUUUUUUGUGUUCAGUGUUGAAUGGGAUACGUUUAAUUCGCGUCUCGGGGAUGGGUGAUUAGUGAUCGCGAGUUUUGAAACCGCUUCGAGAUGCCUUUCGUGCAGCGUGUGGUGGAACCCAAGUUUCUGUCGCGGACAAGUUUGGUGGACGAACACGGGAGGCCGAAGGUCACUGAUGAAGAACUUCAGGCAGUGACGAAUUGUACCCUAAGCAAUGCGUUACGGCAACUCGCCUCGCUCGUGCUGCUAGCGGAAGAUAUUUUCAGCGAGUUGACUGCUGAGCUUCAGGGUAUUACCGAGCGGUCCAAGGUAGCGCAAGGGAAAAUCGUCAAGAUCGGCGAAAUAGUCGAAAAAUAUGACCCGAAAAAGGUGCCAGUCCCGGAGGGGAGCCUGUCAGACUUUGCGACUCGCAAAGUCCACUACACGGCGAAUAAUCCUCUCAAAAAAGGACUCUUCACACCAGACACACGGCCGACAUGUCUUCGAAACCUGUACGAGAAAGCGACCAUGGACCGCCUCUCCGCCUCGAUCCUCGACCAGCUACGGAAGGACUCGCAGCAUUCUCCAUACUUACUCUGCACGCCGGUCCUAAGUACUAAACGACGAAGAAUUUAUAAGAAAAUCGAUGUAGAUAUCGAAACGCACAUUCCGUCAGUAGUGGAGCAUCUCAGGAAAUGGACGUCGAAAGAAGCGGUAGGCGAUAUAACGGCGCUACCUGACGCUUCUAUGAGAAUAGCCAGUUGUGUUACCUUGACGCCUGAUGAGCUCUCCGAGUGUGGGUCAGGUGAUGAAGAACCUAUAGACCACAGGCUGCCCAGUCCUGAAGAACAGUUGCGAGUUAUUGCUUCCAAGUUCCCUCCAGAGAUGGUCGCAAUAGACACGUCAGGGAAGUUCUUCGACAGGAUGUGCAGCUCGCGCAAGUCGUUGCUAGCGGACAGCAGCAUGGGAGAAACGGACACCGUCAAGAGACGAACCCGCUCUAGGAAGCCCCGGGGUAAAAGACGAAACACCAUAUCGGGCACUGAUCAGAAAGAGCUUAGAGAGGCUAUAGCUGGCGAUACAUCAAAUGCAGUGGCUUCUGAAGAAAUCGAGGAUAACAGCACUGUCGUCAGAUCACAAUCUAGCGAUUUGCUUAAGAAAAGUCCUAUCGAUCCGGUGGCUAAGAAAGGACACUUCAAUACGCUCAAGCAAUGGGGAAAAAAUAGACUCAAGAUGAUCAGUAGAUCACCAAGUGCAAGUCGAGAUAGCUUUAAGGAUACCUCGAAAAUGGAUAAGAGUAAAGACACGAAAUCGCCUACGAAACCGGAAGAUAUUCAGAUUCAGGAGACAGUGACUAUGCGUAAGAAGCGGCCUGGGGAAGACGACCGCAGGACUCAUCAAAGAUGUGCAUCUUAUUCGUCAUCAGAAAAGAGUAUUGGUGUGCCUGCUAGUGUACCAGCUCCUACAGCCACGAUCAACGUUGGAGUAAAACUGAGAGCAACAUCUACUCAAAGGAGAAUGCGACGAUCAGGAAUUGGCAAAGACGAGCCCCAUUCAUCCAGUGGCAACUGGUCAGCAAGCUCCGAGUCUGGAAGGACAAGUAUCGGUUCAGAAAUUACGACUACCACAGUGCCACCUAAGAGCACAACUUCUGCCGCAACUUCUAACAAUUCAUUGAACUUCCAUCACGGCCCUCCAAGUUCAAUUAUAAGUCGGCGACGAUUCCUUAACACUUCUGGCUCUGGUAGCGUCACAAGCGAAGGAACCCUAACUCCUGAUAUGAUUCAUGAUUUACACGAAGAUUUGGAAACUAGCUCGGAAUUUUCAUGCGACACUGAGGGAUAUUAUACUUCAUUCCAUAUGGAUUCCGGGUUGAAGACAUUGAAAGAAGAAGAAAUAUCUCCUAGCACACCUAUGCACACUAGCAACGCAUUGUCCAAUUCUUCGAAUAGUCAAAACAUGACUGCUGAAAAUGAGUAUGAGUUGUUUGGUAAAGGUUCUACGAGCACGACAACAAGUUCAGCUGGCACCGUAUGUACAACAUUAAUGGCUGCGGGCAGUGAUAGAUCUCUUGUCAUCGGACCAACUGUACCCGAACGAAAGAGUUCACUAGCUAAAAUGAACAGAAGUAGAAACAACAUUCACAAUGCAAAUAUGAGUUUAGACAGAAGUGUCAAUUCUUCAUUCUCAAAGACUGCUUUUAGCAGCCUAAGAUACCCGAUUCGUUCAUACAAAGACCAGAAAGUUUGCAAUUAUUCGUCACCAGAAAUCAGUGAAGUUCCAACAUCAACAAUCACAGUUACAGGGAAUGUAGGAAGACGUACAGAAAUUACUGCUGUAGCAGAAGUACACAGUGAAAUUGACGUCGAAAGUGCUAAGAAAAGUACAGGAACUAGUUCUCCAGAUUCCGGUCACAAUACUUCUAGUUCACCUAUUGAAGAUUCCGUAUCGAGUGCACAUGGAAAGAAUAGUCUUUCUGAACAGGACUACUCAGAGUCAUCAGAUUUAGAAGGAACAGACAGAAUCGAAAGGAUAAGAUACAAAACAACCAUAAAUAGUUCAAGAAUUCCUUCAAUGUGCGUAAUUACACCAACCAACUCCGAUGAUGAAAGCGAAGCAAGUCAAAAGGAUUCAGAAACGGGCAGAAAAACUGAAACCGAAAAAACCGAGACUACAGUCAGAAAGUCUGGCAGUAGACCAAAAUUAGAAUUACCUUCUGAAGAUUCUCCUCCCAAAGAGACUAAAACUGAGCCGGUUAAAGUUACAAAACCAGCAAGUCAAAUCAACUUGAAGUCCCUGCAUCCUCUGAACAAUUUAAUGUGUAAACUAAAAGGAGUUCUCCCACACAAAAAUAAAAAAUCACCGGUAGCAAAAGAGCCUCCACCGGUUGAAGAUUUCUACGAUUCUGGUGAUUAUGUCACAAUUGCCGAUGUUAAAAAUAACAACCAAAAAGCUAGCUUCAACAGAAGUUUAUAUGGCAACAACGAUAUCGUCAGAAAGAAUUUACAAACUGUACUCUCUGGUAAACUACCUGAUACCGAAUACGUUUCUCUCAAUGAACUACCGAACUGUUUGAAUGAAAGCAAAGAUUUCCUCGAACAUGGGUUGGAUUUGAAACCUUCACCAGCGUUAGAUGAGAUCCAAAGAAAAGGAGCUAAAGUAACGCUUGACUCUCAAGGCCAAGUUAUUUAUUCUUCUGACACGUUAAAACGAAGGAAAGGCGCGCACACUACUUUUGAACCAGGACCAUUCGUUCAAGAGAUCAGUUCUGCAGUCAUUCAGCGAGAGACGGCUGAAGUUGUAAGCGUCGUCGACGAAACCGAUUUCCCUUACGACCCUCCACCACCGGCUAGUAAGCCUACAUCGCCGCAGCUAGGCAAAAUGAUCAUCAAAGCGCCAGUGGAGCCGGAUGGACCCGUCACUACAGAAUACGUGUCUUUACCGUCUCCUAAACCGAGUAAAAUCAUCACUGCUACGCCUGUCACUGAAACACCUAUUAACACCAACCAUACUCCUACAGUAACUAGAACGAAUCAAGAUCUCCCAAGAGUAGUAGAAGCCAUCACUAGAACUGGGGCAUAUGUAAAUAUUCACGACGCGGAGGGUGUCAGCUUGUCACCGACGAAAGACGAUAUAGCAGACUGUCGACAUUCCAGUGCUGACAAACCCUACAAAAACUUACCGCAGACGGUCCUAGAUAAAGGCCCAACAGUCAACUUGAACGCGUUCAAUCCCACCUUAAACCGAUACCACACAGCUCACCUACGCGGGAGACACGGCAUCGUCAACUAUGAGAAUCCACCAAACCAGCAAAUGGGACAACCAAAGUUCUGGACGCUUCCUAAACGAAGCCACUUAGAACCCAGCGUACCUACCCCGGUAAACUAUCCCAGACAACCAGAUCCUAGCACCUUCUCUGAACAAAGGAUAUCGUCGUAUCCUCUCCCCAAUGACGAAAGUGUUAGAAUAUCACCCAUUGAUCCUCGAACUACUGGACCCUUCAAAUCGUCUACUCCCUCUAAUAAGGAAAACGUUGUCGACCUCAAUACAAAGAUGCUGUCUCCAGUCAAGUCAACUAUGACUAACGAAGAACUGUAUGCAGUAAUACACAAAAGUAAGAAAAAGCUCAAUAUCAAAGAUAAUCCUGAAAGAGCCGAGUCUCCUGCCCUAUCCACAAUUAGUUUGUCUCCUGUGAACUCUGAAUCCUCACUGUAUAUUAAAGGAAGUCAACGUCAUCCUGAAACUGGAUACAUAGGUGAUCCAAGAACUAGGAUGAGUUGGUCUCCUGCUGAUAAACAAAUCCUGCCAAUGUACAGCAGAGAUGGCGCCUUCAGUCCUCCUAAACAAGAAACCACAUGCGCUGAUAGAUACGGCCCAAUGCCUCAGACAUCCAGGCUUGAUUUCAAGAAACUGUUACUACAACACAGCGUUAAGUCAAACACAUUGAGUCCCCAAAGCAAAUCAAACAAAUUAUCCGCAGUUGAACAACUUAAAAUUAAUAAAGAAAGAAAUGCUGCGCAAAUCGCUUUAACAGGAAAUAAAUCGCAAGUAAAAAUUCUUGACUUGAGUGGAUCACCUAAGACUUAUACGCAAAGAAAAGUUAUCAAACCGAAUGCUCAGCCGGCGUCACCUGGUAGGACUGGAGCUCUUAUAAAAGAACAUAAAAACACACCGAAGAUACUUCUCUCGCCAAAGUCUCAGUGGCGCUUCUCAAGCCCUAGAUCAGACGUCCUCUCCUCGCCCAUUCCUGAAGCAAACAAUGAAGACGAAUCAAAUAGUUCCGGUGAAAAACACGAUACUUCACCCAAAAAGGCAACAUUCAAAACAGUUCCUAUAAUCACCAACCAACAUUUCGGAGCUCGUCGAAAUCUUAUUCCUAUAAAUGAGAAUAACAUAAUAGAAGCUGAUACAGAUUUCCCCGAAAAUUUUGAUCGAGGUGUGUUUCCACUUGAUACCGAUUUGAAGUCAUCUGGAUUAUCACGGAGUGAAUUACUGCAAGCGAAGAGAGCGGAAUUUUUCAGUAGCCCACCUGACAAGUCGCCUCCGAGAUUCACAUCGUUUAAGAGUCCAACGACGGCGGGUCCGUCGACAUUCAGAAAUAAGUCUUCCCCAGAAAGGAAGGGAUCGCCUAGUACGUUAGAAACUGCUUUAUGAUACAUUUAGGAAUAAGUGGUGCUUUUAACAAUUUCAUCCUCAUUAUUAAUUCUGUAAAUAAGGCAAUGAUGACAGAAGUCUAAUCUAGUCUUUUCCUGCUACGAGUGCCAUUUUAAAGGCACAAUUUGUCCACCCAGUGUAUGAAUACUUAAAAAAUGCGAAUGAUACAAAGCUCAAAAUUAUGCAAUUUUUUGUUCAAUCGCUCUCAAGGGGCCAAUUUUUUUUUUGGAAGUAAUAAUAAACUGCAUAGUUUUAAAACUUAGCCACUAAGUAUUUAUUGAGUACGUACUUUUGUAAGUAGUGUUUUAAACUUUUUCAAAGUUUUUAAGUUAUUCGGAAUACAACUUUAAAUAAAUGCGUUGAUUUGAAAA